AUUGUUUUUCCGUAUAUGACAAAUGCCUUUGAAAUAUUGAUAAUUCUGUAUUAAUGGGGAUGUUGACCGACUAUUUCUUUGAUAAUGGUCCUUGCGUUCUUUCUUGACCGAUAACAAGUUUCAGCGGAGCAAGCGGUGUGAUUUACAACAACGUAUUCCAGAACCUAAGAAGCCAGCUAAUCAUCAGAGCAAUUACAGCAUCCACAACACCACAAUCAAUAUUUUAAAAAAUGAAAAACAACGAUAAUAAUGAACAACAUCGUACUACACACUGACAAUAAUAAGAAAGGAACCCCGAAUAUUUUUCUACUCCCUCCUGUUGCCAAACGCCGUCCUAUGUCGAUGACAACAUCCACUGCAUCUCGGAUAGAAAUGGCAUCAGCCGCGAAUUCUCUUUCCACCGUUCUUACUUCUGCCAGGAAUAAGCAGCUUUCUGCUAUGGAACAACUUAGUAGAAUAACGGUAGCGGAGGCCGCUCUCCGCAAUUAUAAACAGCAACAAAAUGAACAAGAAGAGAUGCUACAAAAGCAACAGCAGCAUCGCCAUCUACUACAGCUACUCCAGGAACAACAGCAGCAUCAGCGGCACCGACAGCACCUCCAGAAUCAACAAAAGAAACUUCACAAUGAGCUUCAACAAAGKCAACGACUACUAACGACAGCACCAACACAAGUAAAAGUAAAAGCACCAUUGAGCUCAGACCUAGCGCAGCGUUUGCUUUGGUUGGAGCUGCGCAAUCAAUCGCUGGAACAGCAGCUGCUUUCAAAAUCCAUCGAGGUAGAAAAAUUGAAAAACCUUUUUUUGGCGGAGCAGAGGGUCGGAACGUCCGUUCUGAAAUCUGAGGCAGCCCAGAAGCAAAGACUUUCCAUCCUCAAAGAUACCAUAGAAGCACAGAGGGAGGAAAUAGCCAAGCUGCGGUUCCAGUUGCAAUUCGCGGCCACUACAGCUGCAGCCGCAGUGGUGACGAGACAGAAUGCCGCUACGGCUUCGAUAUCCGGUGCCAGUGGUAUUGCUGCUGCGAAUGCGUCCGCUCUCGCAGCCACCGGCCUAGCAUCGCAACCGAUGGGAGGAUACUGCCCCGUAUGCCGGACGGUGGACCAUUCGCUAGUCAACUGCGGUAUUCUUCGAAUGCACGGAUAUCAUGUCAAUCUUGUGGCCCCCGAAGACCAAACGAAUCAUCCUGUGGCAACAAGUCGCAACAAAAUUGAUGGCAUUCUCCAACAGGCAGUUCUAGUAGACAGUCUAGCAGAUCUACAGCAGCGAAUAGCGGUGCCGUCACCACUACUCAACCAUUAUCUGGGUGGCCAGCUUAUUACGGAAGAGCAAAAAUCUACAGCAAUCCCCCCUCGUCGCGAUUAUAAUAGUCAUGAACAGCAGUCAGAGAAAGUAAUUGAUAUAUUGGAUAGUGAAACCGAGAGUGACGGCAACGGAAAAGGAGACGACUACGAGAAUGGUGAUAAAAAUGGUGCUGCGAGUGACAGUGUUGUUGAUGAUGAUAAUGGCGAUGCCAAACCAAGGGCAACAAGCCCAAAAGAAAAUGGUGACGAGUCGGAUUUGGAAGACAAUGAAGAAAACAAGGAAGCCGACGCCUACAGCAAGAGCGAUGAAGGGGACGAGGAAGAAAGUCACGCUGCAGCAAAAGCCGAUGUCGCAACUUCGGCUGAUCUUCUUCUAUUCCAAGAAAGUACCACCGAGCUUGCUGAAAUCAAUCGCGAUCGGGGACGGAAAGACCGACCUAUCGCUAUCGAUCUACGUCUCGACGCAAGCGGAGAAGAGUCCGACGCUCCUGAGUAUUCGCAAGGCUUUAGCACAACUCAAACCGGAGCUAUUAAAUUGCAAGAUUGUAUGCAGGACGGAGGCGAAUCACCGUCUUCAAGACAAGGCCAAUCCGAGGAAAACAGAACCGGACGCCACUCUACAGUCCCUCAUUGCAGCGGCAUUCUCGGUGAUUUCAUCUGCAAGGAAAUAGCAGAAACCGACGACGACGAAAUCAAAAUAGUUGGCGAAACAGGAAAGAACGCUCUCUCCGACUUUGCCCACCCACGCUACGACUGUGUGGCGAAACCCUUCGACAAGAAUCCAACUGCCUUCUGUUCUAACUGCUACUGCUACGUGUGUGACGUCAAAGUCUCAGAGUGCGAAAGCUGGAUCAUUGAGGGGGACCAAGAAAGCGACACGGGCAACAACACCACUGCUAGGAGCGAUUCCCACUGCUUCGCUCAUCGCAGGGUCCCCUCCUGGAAGAAGCGUCGUGGCAGGCUGAUCGCCAAACGCUUGCGACCUGAGCGGGCCCUCAAGGAAAUUGCUAUUUUUUUGCCAGACACGGUUCCAACAAGCCUUCCUCGGAAACGACGUACCAGGGGUAUUAUGCGAUACGGACAGGACGAGGGCUACAACACAAGGGGCCAAGGCAAGGACGAAACCAACGUCGGCAGUGGAUCACAGGGCAACACAAAAAGUAUAGGAUUAGGAGGAUACUGUUCUUCCGAUCGAAACAGCAGCGGUAAAAGGAAAAAAGAUCCCCCCCGUGACCGUCACCUCAGGAGUUCGAGAAAGCGAAACCAUCGAUAGCGGAACGAAAACAUGGUGGAGCAAUGAGGGCAUUGCUUGAAUCGAACCAUGCUGAUGGUCCACAUGUUACAAAAAUCAAAAUACAAGAGUUGA